AUUCCCCACCUGGAGGCCGAAAAGCUGGCUCGGUUUUUCACGCCGUGUCCCCCUCCCUUUUCCCUUGCAAGAUAUAACACGUGGGAACCCGAGGAGAACAUCCUGGAUCCCCGGCUGCUGAUCGCCUUCCAGAACAGGGAACGGCAGGAGCAGCUGAUGGGGUAUCGCAAGAGAGGGCCGAAGCCCAAGCCGCUGGUGGUGCAGGUGCCUACCUUUGCCCGGCGCUCCAAUGUGCUGACGGGACUCCAGGACUCCUCCGCUGACAACCGUGCCAAGCUGGAUCUGGGCACCCAGGGCAAGGGCCAGGGCCACCAGUACGAGCUCAACAGCAAGAAGCAUCACCAGUACCAGCCGCACGGCAAGGAGAGGGCCGGCAAGCCGCCCCCACCGGGCAAGAGUGGCAAGUACUACUACCAGCUCAACAGCAAGAAGCACCACCCCUACCAGCCGGACCCCAAGAUGUACGACCUGCAGUACCAGGGCGGCCACAAGGAGGCGCCCAGCCCCGCCUGCCCGGACCUGGGCGCCAAGAGCCACCCUCCUCCGGACAAGUGGGCCCACGGCGGGGGCGCCAAGGGCUACCUGGGGGCCGUCAAGCCCCUGGCGGGGGCAACCGGGGCGGCGGGCAAGGGCUCGGAGAAGGGCCCCCCCAACGGCAUGGCGCCAGCCCCCAAGGAGGCGGCGGCCAGCAACGGGAUCGGAGGCAAGAUGAAGAUCGUCAAGAACAAGAACAAGAACGGGCGCAUCGUGAUCGUCAUGAGCAAGUACAUGGAGAACGGCAUGCAGGCGGUGAAGAUCAAGUCGGGGGACGCGGCGGCGGGCGAGCCCCGCUCCCCCAGCCACAAGAAGCGCCCCGCCCCCGCCCCGGCCGGCCUGCGAGACCAGUAA